AGUCUUAGUCUGCUGGACUUUACUGUGGCUGUGUGUUGCUGCACACGUUUCCCCCGCUGGAGUUAAAAACUGUGGAUCCUAUUGCACCGCACAGGACAGCGUAGAGGGACAGAAAGGGUGGAAGAAAAACAGAAUUCUUCUGCUCCAUGAAGUUGGAUUGAGAAGAGAAUAAAACCAACCUCCAAACCAAAGUUGUGCACAGUUUGUUUGGUAAGAGCAGCAGGUAUGGUGCUUGUGUCUGUGGCUGUGCUUACGCUGUGCUGCCUGCUGAUCCCCAGAGGAGGGGAGAGCGCCGGGGGGGUUGUGUCUCUCUGGCAGGCUGGGGGGGGGCAGCAGGCUCAGGAUCAGCUGCUACACCAGGCCCUGGAGGACCCAGAACGUGAGCGAGAUCUUGCAGAGGAUUCACUGACACGCAGCAAGAGAUACGCAGAGGAGGCUGUACGCAAAGAGGAGCCUACAGUCACUCCUCCAGAAGUAGAGCCCUGGUACGAUGAUUACUACGAAUAUGGAAGGAGUAUUAUUUCGGGGAGGGUGAGGAGAGCGCCAGACGACAGCAAAAAGAAAAAGAAGGACAAGAAGAAGAACAAAGAGCCAAAGGAUCCAAACGCCACAAAAAAGCCCAAAACUGACAAGAAAAAGAAGAAGAAAGACAAACAGACGACCACGACUCUGCCGCCAACCACCACAGUGAUCCCGACUGAACCCCCGACUGAACCUGAGCCGUACACAGACUACCAAUAUCCUGAUAUUGAUGAUGAUUACUGGAAACCGGACGAUGAGUACUGGGAUGCCGAGCCCACGCCACCCCGGCCUCAACCCAAAGAUCCGAUAACGGAUCUCCCGUACGACUCCGGGAAGCCAGAGGAGAGAGAGCCGACCACUCCCACCCCCGACGCCUACGAUGACUUCUGGAAACCAGACGAGAGAGAGCCGACUGCUCCCGCGCCCAACGCCUACGAUGACUACUGGACGCCAGACGAGAGAGAGCCUACCGCUCCGGCGGCCAAUGUUUACGAUGACUACUGGACGCCAGAUGACAAAGACCUGUACGUUCCCGUGACUGAUGACUACGACCGUUUCCGGAAAGAGACGGAGCCAACGCCGCCGGGCCCAAAGGUUGAUGGGAAAACAGAUGACACCGAUUACUGGGACGCCACAUACGAGGUGCCAGAGAGUCUUCCGUUCCCUGAUGGCGAAGAAGUCAGCCCUGAAAUCAAAGUAGAAACUCUACCAGAGGAGCCUACAGCCACUCCUCCAGAAGUAGAGCCCUGGUACGAUGAUUACUACGAAUAUGGAAGGAAGGGGAAAGAAGACGAGACGGACGACAAAUGGCAUCAGAAGGAGAGAGAGAGAGCAGAAAAAGAGAGGGCGAGGGAAGAGAGAGAGAGAGAGCAGAAGCUGAAGGAGGCUGAGGAGAGAGCCAGAAGCAGACCUCGAGUCUUCAAAGAGCCAAAGAAGUGUCCUCCCCUCGGGAUGGAGUCCCAUCGGAUGGAGCCGGACCAGCUCUCAGCCUCCUCCAUGUCGCAGUACAUUUUUGCACCGCAGAGGGCGCGCCUCAACAUGCAGGGUUCGGAGGAUGAAGACGACAUGAGAGGAGGAGCGUGGUGCGCAAACUCAGAGGACAAGAGCCACUGGUUUGAGAUCGACGCUCGCAGGGAGACGGAGUUCACAGGAGUCAUAACGCAAGGACGAGACUCGCUGAACGAGAGUGACUACGUGACGUCCUACUUCCUGGCUUUCAGCAACGACAGCAGAGAGUGGACCACGAUCCAUGAUGGAUACGCCGACUGGCUGUUUUUUGGAAACAGUGAUAAGGACACCCCUGUGAUGAACCAGCUGGCGGUGCCGGUUCUUGCCCGGUACAUUAGGAUCCUCCCUCAGAGCUGGAACGGCUCUCUGUGCAUGAGGCUGGAGGUCCUCGGCUGCCCUGUGCCCGAUCCAGUGGACGUUCAGUACCAGCACAAUGAAGUGACUCCGGUGGAUUACUUGGAGUUCAAACAUCACGGCUACUCCGAGAUGGUCGCGCUGAUGAAGUCAGUGAAUUCGGAGUGUCCCAACAUCACCAGCGUCUACAGCUUGGGCCGCAGCUCCAAGGGACUGGACAUCAUGGCCAUGAUCAUCUCUGGAAACCCCACAGAGCACGAAAUAGGCGAGCCGGAGCUGCGCUUCACGGCCGGGCUCCAUGGAAACGAAGCGGUGGGUCGAGAGUUGCUGCUGCUUCUCAUGCAGUACCUGUGCAAGGAGUACAAAGACAGAAACCCCAGAGUCCAGCGGCUGGUGGAGGGAGUCCGCAUCCACCUGGCGCCGUCACUCAACCCCGACGGACACGUGGAGGCUUUCGAAGCGGGAUCAGAGCUGAGUGGAUGGACCACGGGACACUUCACUGACGACGGCGUCGACAUCUUCCAGAACUUCCCCGACCUGAAUCGUUUCCUGUGGGAUGCCGAAGACAAAGGCAUGGUGCCCAAACUCACCCCCAACCACCACGUUCCCAUACCAGAUAACUUCGAGACCAACAGCUCGAUUGCUGUGGAAACCAAGGCCAUAAUCUCCUGGAUGAAGAGCCAUCCUUUUGUGUUGGGUGCAAACUUCCAGGGCGGGGAGAGAGUCGUAGCCUACCCUUAUGACCGCUUCAACAAGCCUGCAGACAGCCAGAAACCCCACAGCCGCAAGAAGAGACAGUAUGAAGACGAAGGUUUUGAUGUGACGGAGUGGGGAAGGGCCUACCACGAAGAGCCAGAGGAAGACUGGCGAGGCAGAGGAUACGCAGAGCCAGAAGAAGAGCAGAGGGGCCAUGGCUACGACCACGGCUACGACCGCAGCGACAACCGCGGCUACGACCAUGGCUACGACCGCGGCGACAACCGCGGCUACGACCAUGGCUACGACCGUGGCUAUGAACAAAACCGUGGCUACGACCAAGGCUACGAACAAAACCGUGGCUACGACCAAGGCUACGAACAACACCGUGGCUACGACCAAGGCUACGAACAAAACCAAGGCUAUGAUGGUCACAACCAGGGUUACGGCCACAGAGAGGAGGAAGAGGAUGAUAGAGGAAGAAGCGGAGGCUACCAGUACGCUGAUCCGGAGGACGAGACACGUGCGAUCCCAGACGAGUCUCUGUUCAGGUGGCUGGCGGUCUCCUACGCGUCCACACACCUGACCAUGACGCACAACUACCACGGCUCCUGCCACGGAGACGUCGCUGGCGGGCCACACGGCAUCGUCAACCGAGCCAAGUGGAAGCCGAUCACAGGAAGUAUGAAUGAUUUCAGCUACCUGCACACAAACUGUUUCGAGCUGUCCGUGUUCCUGGGAUGUGAUAAGUUCCCUCACCAGAUCGAGCUGGCGUACGAGUGGGAGAAGAACAGAGAAGCUAUGCUCAUCUUCAUGGAACAGGUGCAUCGCGGCAUCAGAGGCAUCGUGAAGGAUCAGCAGGGGAACGCCAUCGCCAACGCCACCGUGUCCGUAGAGGGAAUCAACCACGAUGUCACCACAGCUCCGACGGGGGACUACUGGCGGCUGCUGAACCCGGGGGAGUACCGCGUGACGGCUCGAGCUGACGGCUUCUCCCCCGUCACCAAACUGUGUGUGGUGGGUUACCAGUCCGGAGCCACGGCCUGUAGCUUCAACCUCGCCAAGUCCAACUGGGACCGCAUCAAACAGAUUAUGGCUCUCCAUGGCAGCCGGCCGAUUCGACUCAGCUACGGCAACAACCGAGCACAGAGCCCCGCGGUCGCUAACGAAAACAGGCGUGUGCUCAACGGCAACAACAACAACUUUUCACCGAGUUCACCAGUCAGCGCCGAGCGGCAGAGGCGGCUCAGGAUAGCUCGUCUCCGUCGCCUCCGCCAGCUGAGAUUACUGCGGUUAAGAGCGAUGACGACGACUAUGUUACCGCCGACUACCACCACCACCACCACAAUCACCACAAUCACCACAAUCCCCACAACGCCAGAGACGACCACUUCCUGGUACGACUCGUGGCCCAUCGAUGAGGGACAGUCCUCAACGCCGGGCGGCUUCACGGACUCCAUCCCGAUUUAUGACUACGAGUACAAGAUCGAUGACUUUUAGUCUCUCUCAGUAAACAUGCAGCCUUCCUCCUACACACACCAACUAUGUUUACCUGCACAUUAAUGUUCUACUGUAGAGCUCAACAGUCCCGCCCCUCCUCCCAGAGACCUCGGGUUCCAGAAGUAAAUUUAUAUAUACGUAUAUA